AUGGCGACGACUGUAGCCCGCGACUUGCCUUCUCAGGCCGCAGCGGCUUGUCCUGAUUUCAACCCCCCCUCGAUGGCUCCCGGCUUGUCCCAUGCCGAUGCUCAAGACUUGAACGAUGUCGAGAUUGGUCAAUCGACUUUCGCCCAACAGCACUCGUCGCCUCGUGCUCAGCCUCCCCCACCGAACCCUCAUUUUGUCUUUCCCGCCCGACAUUCGACCUCGUCAGCGCCCUCGUCCUUGUCUAGAGCGACGGGAAGAAGAUCGAGAUCGACUCUAGACACAGAGGAUCUUGCCUUCGCCAUGGCCCCCAAGCACGAAAAGCGGCCAUCAAGAUCAGAGGCUCUGCCCAAUUUCAACUUCAACCCUGGAGCGACUAUGGACGGUGCUCCUUCUCCGGAACAUGCACUGCUUAGCCCUCCACAAUCGCCGCAGUCACCGCAUGCCAUUCCGAUUAGGCCAUCUGGCGCAGGCCACAGGAGAGGAGGGAGCGAGUUUGUUGGCGGCAAAUUACGGGCUGGAGAGUCGAUCACGCUGAUGAGCACAAGUCCGACGAAAUCAGAGAGUGGCAUGAUGUCGCCGAACCUCGCCCCAGUGAAGCCCUCCGGACGCCGUGGCCAUGCUCAUAGACGGUCCGCAGCUAUAUCAAGCCAUGAUCUAUCAAUGAUCCUGAAACCAAACAGCCCUUCAAGCCCAGCCCUUCGAGGGAGCAGCGCGCCUUCCAGUCCUGCCGACUUCGGUGGCCGGGCGAGUUACGCGUUCCCCGAGAUACCGCCCUUGCCUACGCGGUCCGAGCCCGAGUUGAGGCAGUAUUUGAGUUCAACGCAGACCGCCGCGGAGAACGCGAGUUUACGGACGGAGACGAAACCGGCAAGCGUCCCACCGACGCCAUCGUCGAAACCCGCGGCCCGCGCUCGAGUUGGCUUUUCAGACACCUUGGAGUUCAUUCCGAGGCCAUUGUCGUUGGUCUCUAGUGAUACUUCCAGCACGGUGACUGCGCGUAUGGGCCAUUCUGUCUCGGGUAGCAUCUCAUCCAUAAUCUCGUUGAGUAAUUCGACAAUUGCAGACAGGGAACCGGCGGCCUCCCAUAGUCGGAACGCUUCCCGCACUACAGACUCGCGCCCAAGUACUGCUGGCGCUGUUCUUGAGCGUGUCCCUACGCUGAAUGAUGACGAAGUCAGCAGCACAUGCCCCCGACGACGCAACUCAAUACCGAAUUUGGCACCCCUUGCUCUGCCGGACCUCACCAACCCACCCACCCCAAGCCCCUCGAAAACGCCGAAGCGAUGGUCUUUCUUCAGCCUGGACCCUUUUGUUGGAGCUAGCUCUCCGACGCGUUUGCGUCCCAUCAGUCCCAGCUCCUCGGAUACGGAAGUGCAACUGCCAGAAACGACUCCACUGUCGCCUGAGCACGAACCCGUGGCCAUUCAAGCAACGCGCGACCAGAACGCUUCGCCGGAUAAAGCUGCGGGAAGGAAGGCGAGCAAGAAGAAGAAGAAGAAGGUUAGGACAUGGGCUGGCUCCAUUCUAACCCGCAAAUCCAAACCCCGGCGUAAGAACCGUAGGGCGCCAACUCCGCCGCCUCCGCGAACCAUGGACCUCAACGAUGAGUUUGAGAUCAUUGACACGCCAAGCGUUCUUGUCACACCGACAGUUCUUGUCACAGAUUCGCAGGGUGGUGCCACUGUGGACACCUCUUGGAGACCUCGACCGAGCGCGGAGCCAGAUGACGAUGCCUCGUUCCCCAUGAUUGAUCUAGAUGCAGCACUGGGGCCUUUUAACACCCCGCUACCUCGCAACGCUGAAUGGGAGGCUGCUCAACGGUCUGGUGGCAGUUCACGCCGUCAAAUGCAUAGCGCGGCAGGCAUGAGUCGCUUUACAGGCCCUGGCAUGCACUAUUCGCAUAGACGCGCAGAGAGUGCCCCAGAGAUGCCGCCCUUUAACCGAGCAGGACUUCCUCGUUUCAGCAGCAAUUCAACUAUGGCGGACGUUUUUGAAGAGGAUGAGGAGAACGAGGUGGAGGAAGAAGAAGGUGGAGAGACCGAUCUCGAAACCUCAAGCCCGGAGAUGUCUCCACAACAAAAUACUGAACUGGCACCGGAAGAGAAGCCUGCCAGCAUCGAUAUCAGGGUGACCGACCAGUCAGACAAGCAGAUGGACAAGGCUUCAGACUUGGUAGACGACUCUCGCUCAUCCAUGGGUCUCAGUCGGCGCGGCAGUAACCUUAGUGGAAUCAGCGAUGAUGACAGGACACAACCCAGCGUUGCUCUCAAGUCCGAGUACUCCGCUAGCUCUCUCCACGAGGAGGUUAUUGAAGAAGAAGCCAUGGAUUUCACCUUCGAGGACAGGGCCAGUGCUUGUGAUAUCGCGGAGUCCUCGACUUCGACAACCCCUUCGCCCCGACGUGUGCUUCGAGGCCGAGAUCUGGCACCGGUGGAGAUCAGCCCGCUCCAUCUGCCGACACAGUCCUUGGCGCCUGUCAGCCCAUACACAAUGUCUCAUUCGUCGGCCUUUCCAUCUCCGCGUUCGCCAAUAUCCUAUGAUACGAACAGAAUGUCGACGGCACCUUCAUCAGUAACUGAUGACAACCUCCAGUCUCUCCUUAUGGGAGAACCAGGCCCAGAGGUCCGACUUUCAAGCGACAUGCCAUCCCUGACCAGCAGCAAUUCGACCAUGACCAGGGAUAGUGCUUUUGUCCAGCCUCGGCCGCAGCCAGCAUUUCGCGGUGAGCGGCCAGCCUCUUUCACUUCGACAGCCUUUGGUCGGCGUCGAUCAAGCUUGGCUAGUCUGCACCGGCUCAUUAGUACGUCUCAUGGGGAGCGAAGCAAGCUUUCCAUGGAAGUCUCCUUCCCUAGCGAACCAGAAAAGAAGGCAAAGGUGGUGAGCAAAACGAAACGUCUCAGCCGUAUGAUGCAGUUUUGGAAGGCCAAGGAGAACUCAGCCCCUUGA